CGCCGCGCCAGCAGACAGGCAAGACCCGACCCUGGGAAUAAAAAAACACGCAGCCCCGUCUGUUUGAAGAUUAUUUUAUUGCAGCGAGGUAGGGCAGUUCAGUGAAUUUCUCCAUGAAUGUACGUCACAAUGAUGAUGACAGACCAGAUUCCACUGGACUUGGCUCCGCCCCCCCUCCUGAACGGGGAGGUCCCGCUUAUGCCUCACAUGGUUAACGGUGAUGCAGCGCAGCAGGUGAUCCUGGUGCAGGUGAACCCAGGGGAGACGUUUACCAUCCGGGCAGAGGACGGCUCACUGCAAUGCAUCCAGGGUCCUGCUGAGGUUCCCAUGAUGUCUCCAAAUGGGUCAAUCCCUCCCAUUCAUGUACCACCAGGAUACAUCUCACAGGUGCUAGAAGACACCACAGGGGUCCGCAGGGUGGUGGUGACCCCCCAGUCUCCAGAAUGCUACCCCCCCUCCUAUUCCCCGGCGCUGUCCCCCACACACCACCUGCCCCCAUACCUGGCCCACCCCCACUUCAUCCCAAACUCUCACUCUUUCUACCCGCCCGUCAGCCCCGGGGAGCUGCCCCCCCACCAGUACUACCAGCACCACCUCCCCCCCAUGUAUGGCGACCCAGAAAUCAUCCCGGUUUAUGGGAUGUCGAACUACUUAGGCAGAGAGGAGACGUACAGUAAGCCACAGCCCAAAAAGAUUAAAGAACAGAGACUAGAGCGACAGAACCGACUCAACUCCCCUCCCUCCACUCACUAUAAGAGCAGCCUGGGGCCGGCACACAACGGAUACAGCAGCAAAUCACAUGCCCCGUCGCUGGGGUCGGUGGGUUCAGGCGGCGGAGUUAGCAGUCCGGGAGGAAAGAAGCCAGAGAGACGACUCCGCAGCAGUCCAAGAAACGGUGAACCAGAGACACACACACAAGAUAAUGAUUUGGAGGGAAAGCGAGUUCAAGACAUGUUGUCUACAAUCGACAAACCACAGGUGUCUAAUGUGCAGGCGCGAGCUGCGCGGCUGUCCUGGGCCCCCCCUGCAGGGCUGGUGAACAGGCAUAGUAACGGGGUACCUGUGUCCUGCUCCUACGAGGUCUCUCUUUCAGAUAAGGGACGAGAUGGAAAGUACCGCCUCAUAUACAGUGGGGAAGAAUUGGAGUAUCAUCUUAAAGAUCUAAGGCCAGCGACAGACUACCACGUACGGGUUUCUGCAAUGUACAACUCGGUUCGAGGCUCGUGUUCAGAAGCCGGCUCAUUCACCACACACUGCAGCGUCCCUGACGUCCCGUUACCCCCGAAACUCUCCCACCGCACCAAGAGCACGCUCACCCUACAGUGGAAGCCCCCGGGCGACAACGGAUCCAAAAUCACAAACUACCUUCUCGAGUGGGAUGAGGGAAAGAAAAACAGUGUUUUCAGAGAAUGUUACUUUGGGAACCAGAGACACUGUAAGCUGAACCGACUGUUUCCUGCCUGUGGCUACACGUUCAGAGUAGCUGCACACAACGACAUCGGCACAAGUGGCUUCAGCACAGAGGUGGUAUUUUACACCAUGGGCACCUUGCCCGCCCUGCCUUUGGCACCACGGCUUGUCAGGGCCGGAGUGUCCUGGGUGACCCUGGAGUGGGGACGUCCUGAAGGCAGCCCCACUGAGGAGCAGCUCAAAUACACACUCGAGAUCCAGGAAGACAACAGCGGAACAGACUUUCAUCCAAAGUACACUGGAGAAAACUUGACCUGUACUGUACAAGGCCUGAAGAGGAGUACGCAGUAUAAAUUCAGGCUGAUAGCAUCGAACAUGGAGGGAAAGAGCAGUCCCAGUGAAGUGUUGGUGUGCACCACCAACCCGGACAAACCAGGCCCUCCGUCUACGCCCUGUGUCACAGCAGCAACGCCUUACGGAUUUACAGUCACAUGGGAUCCUCCCCAGGACAAUGGCGGCUCAGAGGCCCUCACAUACCUGCUGGAGAUAUCGGAGGGCUGCUCUGAAGCGAGCCAGUGGGAGGUAGCAUACAGUGGUCCUGCAACAGAAUGUGUGUGUGAGCACCUGACACCGGGGACCUUCUACCGCCUACGUGUGUGUAGCAUCACCACCGGAGGACACAGCCCGUGUACUGUUAGCGUUCCAGUCCGCACAUUAUGCGUCCCGCCUGGGCCCUGCCAGCCACCGAGGAUUGUGGGUAAAGCCAAACACAAGGAAGUACAGUUAGAAUGGGACUCUCCUGUCUCUGAGGGAGUGUGUGAGCAGUGUGUGUUCAGUCUGGAGAUGAGUGAGGGGGACACCAAACCAGCGGAGGUGUACCACGGGUCAGAGCUGCAGUGCACUGUGGGUAGUCUGCUACCGGGUGCAACGUACAGCUUUCGACUUCGGGCUGCCAACGAGGCAGGGUUCGGGGCAUACUCUGAGCCGACAGAGGUGACGACUGCCGCGGGUCCUCCUGGCCAGUGCGGGGCGCCUGUCAUCACACUUACCAGUAAUACCUGCGUAGUGCUCAACUGGGAGAGUCCUGAGGGUUCAGGUAGUGACAUCUCUGAAUAUCGUCUGGAGUGGGCACGGGAAGACGAACCCAUGGAGCUCCUCUACUGUGGAUCUGACACACAGUGUGAACUGUCAGACUUGACACCUGCCACAGAUUACUGCUGCAGGCUACAGGCGGUGAAUCAGGCAGGUGCCGGACCCUACAGUGAGCAGGCCAGUUUCCGGACCCCGGCCACAAACCCCGACCCAAUCUCCUCCCUCUCCCUCCUGGACCUCCCGAGCUCCUCGGAUUCAGGUCAUUCCCUGUCGACCUGCCUGUUCCUGAAGUGGGAGGAGCCAAACAGCAACGGUGCAGAAAUUACAUCUUAUAUUAUCUCCCUGGACGACCAAACCAUCACUGUGGAAUCAGGGACAAGUCACCUGGUCACAGACCUGCAGCCAGACAGUGAAUACAGUGUGCAGAUCCAGGCGGUGAAUGCCAUCGGCUCUAGUCCCUCCAGCGCCCCUCUGGUGGUGAGGACACGCCCCCUCCCUCCGGCCCCUCCCCCUCUCGAGUGCUCAGCCGCCGGCCCCCAGAGCCUGAAACUGAAGUGGGGUGAAAAUGCCAGCAACACACAUACGCGGGCCCUGCUGGCUGACGACAUGGUCUACACACUACAGAUGGAAGACAAGAACCACAGGUUUGUUACGAUCUACCGCGGCCCCAGCCACACGUACAAGGUCCAGCGAUUGACCGAGUCCAGCAGCUACAGUUUCAGAAUACAGGCUGUCAGCGACGCCGGAGAGGGUCCUUUCUCUGACACACACACCUUUUGCACCACCAAGUCUGUACCCCCAGCCCUUAAAGCUCCCAGAGUGCACCAGCUGGAGGGCAACACGUGUGAGAUCACAUGGGAGACAAUCCCACCGAUGAGAGGCGACCCUGUGAGUUACGUGCUUCAGGUGCUGGUGGGACGCGAAUCCGAAUACAAACAGGUUUUUAAGGGAGAGGAGAGCGUGUUCCAAAUCUCUGGUCUCCAGGGCAACACAGACUAUCGAUUCCGUGUAGGCGCCUGCCGUCGUUGCCAGGACACGUGCCAGGAACUGUGCGGACCUCUGAGCCCCUCCUCUUUGUUCACGCUGCGCCGCCAGGAGACAGCAUCAUCGUCGGAGAUGUGCGCCAUGGAAACGGGCAAAGGGGCGGGCCUGAUCUCGAGCGACGAACGCUUCGCGGCGCUGAUCGUGUGCGUGUUCGCGGGCUUCUCCAUCCUCAUCGCCUGCUUGCUACAGUACUUCUUCAUGAAGUGAGGGAAUUUUAACUAUAGGAUAGAAAGAGAAAGCAAAAUCACAGAGAAACUUUUUAAAAAAUGUCUAUGAAAGAACCGAAUGAAAUCAAAACACUUGAUAUACUUCUAUGGCUAUGUAUGUGUUUUUUUUUGUUUUUUUUUUUGUUUUUUUUUUAGUCAAAGUAUCGAUUCAGGCUUCCUCACCUUGUUCCUGUUUUCUGCUUUCACUCGGUUUGGUAUCAUUUCUUACUAUGUCUUUGUAUCACCGUCUGUCUCAGUUUUUAAGGAUUUCUGUCGAGGGAAGCCUUUUCUUAGCUGUACCUCGGUUGGGAAAGAAAACUGAUAAUCAAGCCUUAAAAUAGCUGUGAGCAAAGCAGAUGCUCCUCAGACUGACUUGCAUGUUUUUAUUUUGUAUCUUUUUAAAAACAUAUUCUAUUAGAGAACAUGUAUAUUUUUGACAGUCUUUUGCCUUACUUUUUUUUUAAAAUUUGUUUUCCAAUGUUUAAUUUACUUUUUUUUUUGUUUGUUUGUUUUUGUUUGUUUUUUUUUUUUGCUGCAGUCUUUAUUCAUUCAGCCAUAUUCCAAUGUAGGCCUUCAAAGCUUUAGCCGUUCAUACCAUAUUGUUCAGUUUGUUUGAUACUACUCUACAGGCUGUCAGUCAGUUCAUGCAAUCUGCACCUGCUCUCAAACGAAACCACAGACUGACAAAGACACAACGCACACAUUUAGGCAGACAUACGUACAUAUACAUGCAAACAAUUACACUCAUGCAAUGACAAUGAGAAACACACAUUUACUCCUAAGAAGAUAAUCACAUAUCUCUUCAGCUUUUAACAUUCAAUCACUCACUCUUUCAGCUACCAAAGUGAUGCAAAUCCAUGUGUGGUGUAAGAUGCUGCUAUCCUGUGAUUUUAUUAUAUCUAUAAAAAUGGAAAACCAGUAAUCUAAUAUAUAUACACAAUAUAUAUAUUAUAACAAAUAUCUAUGACGUUAUAGAAGUGAUGUAUAUAAGUGAUGGCAAUGUAAGGUCUAAAGUACAGCGCAAAAGGGGACGAGUCGACUUUAGGUGCUCAUAAAACAGCAGCUCCGAGGUCAGUUCAGCAGCUUUUACGGUUGACGGAGCCUUUUUAAACACUGGUCUCGGAUCAGAACAAAUAAAACUUGGUAGGUGUUCAAAUGUUAACUGUACGGGGCACAAACUGGCUUUAGUGUUGUAGAAAGCAAGGCCUGGGGUUGAGAGCGCAGACAGGAGCGUGUGGUCGGAGCUCUGUCUUGGAUCCGUCAACCCCUUCCAUACGUCACCAUCUCAAGUCAGACUUAUUCGCUCCAGCCUUGUUUUAUCUUUAGCUUUAGUAGCAAAAACAAUGCCCAUAGACCCAGAGGUGCUGACAGCCUGCCAGCUAGCUGCCCUUCUCAGAGCUGUGUGGAUGUAUGCCAGUGUGUGUGUGUGUGUGUGUGUGUAAACCUGGAAAGCCAUUAGGAGUUAGCUUGAGCUUUAUCCCCCUGAAAUUCAGCCAGAGCAGCGCUGAACUGUACUAGUUUCUUCUUCCAGCUAGUCUGUGAAUCGAUGCGUUCAAGGUCUCUUUUUCUCUCCUGCUGCCCGUCAUUACCUGUCAUUACCUUUCGGCUCUGGCUGCUUUCCAGCUUCUCUCUUGCUUCCACUCCAUCUUGUCUUUUUGGUGCCACUAUGCCAUUAGCAGACUCUUAUAAAGGAUUUAUAAAUGGUUACUAGUCGGGCUGUAAAGGUCAUUCAUAGACGUAACUGUUUUCAUACAUUAUACAUUAGGCUCACUCUUUGGCUGUUAAAUCUCUGAUGUUACCGGUGGUUUUGUCCGUCUUGUUCCUUAAUCUGUUAACGUGUUCACCAAACCUGCAAAAGGGAACCAGAUUAUAAUGUUUAAUACACGUUGACGUAAAUUCGCUUGUGUCAGUUCAAGCAGUCGACCUGUUAAGCCGCUUGCCGUGUGUGUUAAGAGCAACUUUUAUCGUGAUACUCCACAAACAUGUUUAGCUUAGAGUUAUAAAGCACUGCUAGCAUCAGUUAGCGGAACGCCAAAUUAACAAAGUAAAUUUCAAAACUGCCCGUGUGGCUCAAAAUACACUUUCUUUACUCUUAAUAUGACCUACUUCCAUCGUCAUUACUCAAACUCUGGUGUAAAUACGUUAUCUGACACAUGGCAAAAAGAUAUACAUUUAGCUAACUGCUAGCACACUAAAGGCUAGCAUGCUAACUGCUAGCUUCGCUUUUCACAGUUUAUCAGAAAGCUCAAGUUAUCUAUCUCUUAUCAAUUUUUUACUUAUUAUCAGGGACACACAACACACAUCACUACAUUUUAAGUGAAAAGAGCUGAAUGACACGGUGUGGCUGCAUUUAAUGGAUGUUACCAGAGAGGAGAGGAUUAAACUCUCUGAGUAUUGAGAUAUGGUUUUGUGAAGGUGAAAUGUCAGUAACUUAUUCAUAUCAGUCGAAUGCUGCAGGUGAAGCUUAGUGACCAGUGUGAGACUGAACAGUAACAUACAAUGUGAGUUCAAGUAACAGGACACUGUUCUCAUUUUCUAAUGUUUACAACCCUAUUAAUAACCUGAUUAUGAACCAUUUCUAAAUCCCUUAUUGUAAAGUGGUACUGUAUGUUUUACCCAUACACUACUCUUUCUCCACCUCCCCCUCUUUCUCCAUUCAAAGGUGCUUUAUUGACAUUAAAUCAGAGCAGUAGCAAGUCUGCGGUUUCUCCUCAGACCGUCAUGUUCUCUGGGGACUCGAACUAAUAAUGUCAACUAACCAAACAAGCCUUCAACAGAACACAAUUCAUCAGAACAGGGCAUUGUGAUACACACCGACCCCCCCCUGACCUACAGCCUGACUGUUGAACCACUUGACCCCACCCCUACCCCAAACACACACAGCCAAGGUACAGCCCGAUACAUGACCCCCACGGACGAUCCAAAGAAAAGUCACCCCGACCCACGGGAUUCGUAAGUCAGGUGGGGAAGGGUGGCAGAAGGGAGGAGGGAUUAGGUGGGGAAAGGGGCUAAAGAAGAGGAGGAGGAGGACUGGGGCAAGUGGUUUGGAAAGCCCCGCCCCUCAGCUCUGAUUGGCAGCCUGUAAUGUACCUCAGGGAUAAGGCCUUACAGAGGGGAGAUCUAACCCCGUCAACCCCCCACCCCACCCCCCAUCACUGUUCACCAUCAUUCUCACAUCCGCCUCUCCUCUGUUUCUCUCUUGUCUUCCUCUUUUCCCCUUGCCUUUCCUUUUUUUUGUUUUUUUUUUGUUUUGUUUUGUUUUGUUUUGAUGCUGUAUCUUGUCUUUUCUUGUCUUUGCUGUGCCUUGCUCCUGUAUGUGUCAGUAAGCAAAGUGGUUUACUAGCUCAAAAUACCUUUGCCAAAGUUGAUGGGAAAGUUAAGGUAGAGUUCUUUUCUAGGUUUAUUUAUACUAUAUAUUUGCAUACAGUACUUUACAUGCCAAUUACAGUGCAAUCUUCAUUUAUUUAUUGUUUAAAGAUUAAGAGACAAGUGUAGUUAUAUACUAAUUUUUUUCCUUGUAGCAUGUUUUUUUUUUCUUUUUAAUUUUUUUAAUGGAUGUAUGUUAGAUUGUAUGAUUAAGGCCAGCAUUCCUUAUCUCAGUAACCCUUUAAGUAUUUCUCUUACAGCUGUUGGGAACCUGUAGCUCAUCAGUUCAUGCAUUGCAGUUAUCAUUGCCGUUUCAAACAUGUAACCAAAUGCCUAUGUAAGUUGUUUUUUUUUUUUGUUUUUUUUCUCCAUCUCCUGUUGCGGCCAUGCACAGCCGAGCAGUUCUUGUAAUGCUUAGAGAGACAUGUAGCAAAGCCAGGCCUUAUUAGGGUCAGUUUAAGUCAUCUGUUUUUGAGAUAAAAAAGCGUCGCCUUUGGCUUUUAAAUUAGUAUUAUAAUGAAGCUUCUGAUAUCUUUUUACUAUUGCCAAAGCGCAGGCUUCUUGUGUCCACUAGAUGUUGCGUCUGCAGUCGUCUAAAGGGUUCUGUGAUGUUCUUCUGUAACGACACAGCAUUACAACUAUUAUUAUUAUUAUUCUCUCAAAAGGAAAAAAAAAACAUUAACUUGAUCUGUGAUUAUGCUUUUUUUUUUUUUUUUUUCAUAUUAUCUUUUAUUAUUUUGUAAAGCAAAAUGUGCCAUUUUGAAAUUUGUAGCCCCUUUUUGGAGGAGAGUUUUAACAACCUGAUUUCACACUGAAAGGUAAUAAAGGCAAAAAAAAAGAAAACAAACAAAAAAAAAAACACACGAAAACCAAUCACAAAGGCGAUGAUUUCAGGCAGAUGACGACAGUAAUAAUAAUAUCGACGAUUCCUCCGUGUUCAGGCUUUUGCUGGUAUAGCAGUAGUGAGUAUUUUCUAUCCAGUAUUUUGCUAAGAGAUGAUAUACAGAGAUAUCUAUAGAGCUAUAGAAUGAGAUGGUAAAUACAUUAUGACUAACAGAGUUGAAGCACUUUUUUUUUAUGUGGAGAAUUAGUUUUGAUGAGGUUCACAUGAGCGACAGGAGAUAUGAAGUCCUUCGCCCUGUUCCAAACACUACUGCCAACGCCGUCUGUUACAUUCAUUGGCAUUAUUUGUGUGUCGUUGGCAUCACUGUGACAUUUGGCAUUACUGGAGCAUGAGUCGUGUGCUUCUCAAACGGCCCCUCCCUCCCGGACACGAAACUCUACGGCAACGCGGGGAGUACGUGGGAGCGAAGGCGCCUUCCUCAGACGCGUCUACCUGACCUGUUGCAUUGUAGUCGACAGGUGACGUGUGAGGUGUCCUGUCCUUAAACAACACCGACCCCCUGAUGUUAUGUUGCCCACCCACCCACUUCAAAGCCUUAAUAAUACCCACACAGGGGAGAGGGCGGACGUCCGGCCAACGUCAGGCCAGUCAUGUUAGUGUUGACCAGUCGUGAGGUUGACACAGUGUUAACCCUGAGUUUGUGGGCAGGGCGCUCCCUUUAUGUGCUUUAUUGUUUGUUUUUUCAAAUGCUGUCGAUUUUAUAGACCCUCCCCACCCACCCACCCACCCUGCAGGUCCUGCACAUUUGGCGGGUUAUGUCGAGAACGAGAGGCAAUUCUUUUAUUUUUUAAUUUUAAUUUUUGCCCAGCAACCCCACGUCCGUGCCUUCUGAUCGGUUUUUAUUAUUAUUAUUAUUAUUUUUUCUUUUGAAAUUUUUUUUUUCUUUUUUUAUGUUUUGUACGUUUUACAGUAAGUAGAUUUUUUUUUUUUUUCUUUUAUGACUGAGAGAUUGGCGAUUUGACAAACGUACAGAAACUCACAGGUAUUUAACUAUUUUUUAGGCGAGACAAAAAAAUAAGAGACAUAUUUUUACCUCACAAGUUAAAAACAAACAUUCCAAUGUUGUCAUGGUCUACGAAUUGAAAAAAAAGAAAUUCAUGCAUUUCUUCUUGUAUUGUAAAUGUUAGACAAUUUCAUAUACAUUAUAUAAAAGAAACUGCCAUAUCAAUUUUAAUGUAUAGAUUUUUUGCAAAUACUACCCUAUGUAUGUAAGACGUAACUGUAUCGGUAGCGUAUAUAUAAUAUAUUUAUGCCCAAUAAAUGUUUUAAUUUUUUUCUGA